GGUGGAACAAUUACAUUAAGGACCGUGUCCUGGUGGGGAAACAAUUCGAGGACGGACCUAUGAGUCCCAAACAUCCGGCAACAACACCGGAAUUAAAAUGGAAAGAUUAUUACUUUUUUUUUAUUAUUAUUAUCUUGAGUGAACGUUCUUCAUUGUAAAUACAUCAGUCGAUCGUUUAUUCAUAGUAACUGUGACGAAGUGAACACAUGAUGUCGGGAAAAGGACGUUCUGCGACGGGAUCUGAUCGGUUUGAAUACCUGCAGACACUUGUCACGGAGUUUCAGGACACUGACAGUGAUGGUACGCUAGCUAAUGCAGCAGAGUAGGCUAUAUCAUGGUUAAUAUAAUGUGUAGACAUUGGUGUAGCAAAUGUUUUAGAAGGCACAAGCCCUGGUAAUGAUUUGGUGGAUGAUAUACCUCCUGUUUGAUGUUUGGUAAUAUUCUAGCUAAAUCUUACUACACCAUAUAUAACUAACUGUGCUUCAUUUGACCAUGUGGUUGGCAUUAGCUAACAUUACUAUCGAAUUGGUCACUUCUUCUAGAGGCGAAAGAGCAAGUGUUGGCCAACUUGGCCAACUUUGCCUACGAUCCGAGGAACCUGGAGGACCUGAGAACCCUUCAGGUUAUUGAACUCUUCUUGGACAUGCUCACAGAGGAAAAUGAGAACUUUGUGGAGUUUGGGAUAGGUGAGUAUGGCACAAGUGACACUAGUUGUGAAAUACAUAAGAUCAUGUUUAAAUGAUACAUACAGUAUAUCAACAUUCCUUAAUCCAGAUGUUCAAAAGGAGAAUCUCUCCAUAACAGAGUGCUUCUGUUCAUUCCCAGGCGGUCUAUGUAACCUGAGUAUGGAUCGGGAAUGCCGUGACCAGAUCCUGCAGAGCGAAGCUCUCCCCCUGGUUACGGGAUGCCUGUCCAGCCGGCGAGAGGAGACGGUGCUGUCUGCCAUCACCACGCUUAUGAAUCUCACCACUGCUGCAUCACGCUCCCAAACCACCGACACCGCAGUGCUACAGUGCAUGCUGCGCUUCUCCAUCUCCCAGAGCCCACGCCUGCGUAACCUGGCCUCUGUGUUCCUCCAGGACUGCUGCACUGAGGAGCAGGUGGCCAGGGCAGAGGCACAGAUGCAGGGACACCAUCCUACAGCACUGGGGAUCCCCCUGCCUAAGGACUAGGCUAGUCUGGAGACAUGAUCGCUAGAUCUGAUGUCUGAUCUCUGAGAAAUACACUGAGUGUACAAAACA